AUGGCCACGGGUCCGCCACCCGAUGCCACUGCCUUUUCCCCACAGCGAGGUUCUUCCAUCUCCGGCAAAGGCUUUGUCAUCAACCUCUCAACAUGCAUUUCAUGCGAAGCUGAGAGCCCUCUGAAAUGUUGUUCUAAAAGAAUAGAUCGGAAUGGCUGGAAUGGAACAACAGCCGCUUGCAGCUUUUUUUCCGACGGCGACUCACGGCGGCGGGCUGUCUGUACUAAUAACAACAAGCGCCGUGUCUCCGCCGCCGCCGCUACCUCGUCGCCCCGCCUCCUCUCGUAUCUGCACCGGAAUCAUCCGAUGCUUCCUCGUAACUGCAGAUACGGCGGCGGCGGCCUCACGUCCUCCUCCUCCCGAAGGGACGUGCUCUACUGCUGCGGCCACUGCGGUUACGCGUUGAACCUGAGCUCGUCGGAUCGCGACACGGCCAACAUCGGCGCCGAGUACGGGAGGUUCAUCAAGAAGGGCGUCGUCUCCUUCGCCACCAUCGACGAAAGCAGGUUCACGCAGACCGACGAUCUCCGCUGCCUGCCCUACUUCCGCUCUCCGCGAUCCUGGGGCAUCCGCCGCCGCCGGACGCGCCUUCUCUGCCGUGGGUGCGGCCUCCUCAUCGGCGUCGCCACCUACGCCGGCGACGAAUUCGCCGCUUCUUCGCCUUCCGGCGGCUCCUCUUCGGAGGGCAACGACGCGGAGACCACCUCCGGAAGCUUCCGGAAAUACAAGAUCAGGAUCGGCGCCUUGCAGCCCUCCGACGACGACGCAGCCGCUCCCUUCUUCACUUGAAAAGCUCUCUUUGUUUUCAGUUUUUGAUCGAUUAAUUUCCUUUCUGCUUAUGGUAAAUUAUAUAUUAUAUUCCUUGUAAUUGUAGAAAUAGAUAGUUAGCUUGUAAAUAUGGAUUUGGUUAUAUUUCUGCUAUGUUUGUCAAAAACAUUGCAUUAAGCUCU